AUGGGUAGUUUUUGGGAUGCAUUUGCAGUAUACGACAAGAAAAAACACGCAGAUCCAAGUGUGUAUGGAGGAAACCACAACAACACAGGAGACAGCAGGACACAGGUUAUGUUUUCGAAGGAAUAUCGUCAACCUAAGACAAAUCAGCAAGAAAAGUUGCCGAACAUGAGAAGAUCUUCUAUGUGUUCGCAGGACAGUUCUGAUGUUGAGGACGUUAAGGAGGGAAGACUACCCGCAGAGGUAGAAAUACCAAAAAACGUUGAUAUUUCUAACAUGUCUCAAGGUGAAUUUUUAAGACUUUACGAAAGUCUGAGGAGGGGAGAACCUGAUAAUAAAGUAAACAGAUAG